UUUCCUUCAGGAUAUAAGUAAACAACAAAUAAACUAGAAAUUGGAAAAAUUUGACCGCCAUCUUGGAAAUCACCACCUAAAAACCGGUGCUUUAUCUGAAAUAUUAAGAGAUUUAAAAAUCAUAUCGGCAUAAACAAAAGACCCAAGGAUACACCAAUAUGAUAUGUAUUUAAUGGUAAGGUUAAAUCAAGAAUAGAUACACUGAUUUUUGAGAUAUUAGUAUAAGUGUCUUACCAUUUUAGCUUCACUGUUACUAUGUCGUGACGUCACGGCCUCGUUCUGGAUUCAAGAUGUCAGCGCCCAUCUUGAGGAAAAAGUUUACAAAAUAUUUAAUAAAUUGCCAAUAUUCAGCCAUAAAGAGAGAAAGUUUAAAAAUUAUUCAGAGACCAUGUCCACUACUAUACAGUACAACUGCAACAGAAAAGCCUAAAUGGCAGCUUGUAAGUGCAGUGUGUCUCGAGAGACUCCCCAUUGUAUCAGCCAAGCUUAAUGAAAUUGAAGCAAAGUUUGCAAACCUCCAGGAAACAUUAGAGUAUGAAUACAGCUCCUUGUCAGAGUUUGAAGUGAGGCAUAAAAAGGAACAGGCAUUAGCUGCAAAGAAAGCUAAAGAGCAAGAACAUGGUAUUGAGACUGGAGAGACUGUAGUGCAGACAGCACAAGACAUUGAAGAUCUGUGGGAAAGGGAGCUGAAGGAAUUCGACCCUGCAACAAGAGAGGAUAGCAAUGACGUAAAGAGUGUUGAGAGAGACCUUGACAAGAAGCUCCUACUUGUGGUGAAGCAGAAACUGGGCAACAAGGAACAUUGGGUUCUUCCCCAGAUACCCUGGACAGAAGGAGAAACUAUGAGACAGUCAGCAGAGAGGUGUCUAGGAAGCAGCUGUGGAAGCGAAAUAAAUGCAAGAUUCAUUGGGAAUGCUCCAUCAGGUGUAUACAAAUAUAACUUACCAAAGGAUCUCAAUCAAGAUCAUGAUGGAGUGAAGGUAUUUUUCUUCAAAGCCCAUCAUGUUACUGGAGAUGUGAAGCCAGGUAAAGACACAAUAUCGGAACACAUGUGGCUGUCAAAAGAUGAGCUGAAAGACUAUAUGCAUCCUGAUUAUCACAGAACAAUAUCUAGAUUUAUCAUGGAUUGAACUGUUACACACAAACUAUAUUUCCACUCUCAGUUCUCCAUUAUGUGCAGCAUGAAUUUUGAUCAAUUCAUGUAGAACUCACAGAUUUUCUAAUCAGUCUUACCUUAUGAGACUUAUAAACAAAACUGCACAACGUUGAACUUGCAUGAAAGGAUGGGAUAACAAUGUCAUGGACAUAGUUUUGUUUUGAAUAUGGCUACAAAAUAAAAACAUCAUCAACUUUUCAUGGAAUAAAGUUAAAGUCUGAUGAAGUAACAUUUUACUUGCCAAGUGAAGUACUGUGUUUUGAAAAUGCCACCCUAAAAUAUGUCAACUUUUCAUGGAAUUAAGUUAAG